AUGACUACUUCAUCGAACGUGCCUCCGAGUAAAGAUGAGGGCCCUCCCACCGGAGCAGAGGGUUUCAUCACCGAUGGAUUCCCUGCCCCGGGCCUCACCAGGUCCAGUCGUCACAUCACGGGCCACGACGCCGAGGGCAAGUCCGUCUUCCUCGUCACCGAUUCCGGCUCUCACCACCGCGUCAUGGGCGAGAACCAGGCCGUGGCCACCAUCCUCUACUCGACGAAGGAGACGCCCAUCGAGUGCAAUGACAAUGCGGACAUGAAGUUUGCCCAAGACACCGAGCCUCCGCUGCACUAUCCCAACGGGUCCGUCGUGCGCAUGAUCGACUUCGGCCCGGGUAUCGAGUCGCCCUUGCACCGGGCCAUCUCCGUCGACUACGGUGUGGUCCUGGAGGGUGUCUUCCAGCUGACUCUGGACUCGGGCGAGUCGCGCAUCAUGCGGCAAGGCGAUGUGUGCAUCCAGCGGGCCACUUCCCACAAGUGGAAGAACAUCACUGGCAACGGCACCUUGCCAGGCCGUAUGCUCUGGGUUUUGCUGCCGUGCAACGACAUCUUGGUCGGCGGGGAGAAGGUAGAGGGCUUCCUGGGCCAUCUUGAGAAGGAGUACGAGCGAUGA